CUAAGUUUUUCUGCAAUGCCAUUUUUCUUUGGAACAGGAUUGAAUCAUGUCGGAAAUGAUGUUGAUUAACGUUGAUAAUAUAGCACUUAGAGAUAACGACUAUAACAAAAUGUCGUUUAAUUCAAACACCAUGGAUGAUUCGUGUUUUUUGUUUUUAAAGUAUCCUUUUAUGAGGGAUAAUAGACCAUUUUUCUCUGAAGUAAAUCCUUAUUUUUCUCAAAACAAAUAUCUAGAUACAAAAGAAAAUGUUAUAUAUGAUCUAAAUAUAAACAGUUUGCAAAGGUCUGCUUUACUAGCUUCUCAGAAUAUGAAUCAGGGGAAUACUUUUCAAAAAUAUAAUUAUGUACCAGGAAUUAGAAAUCAAGAACAUUAUGGGUGUAGUCCAAUGUGCACUCCUGUUAUCAGUUAUUCAACAACGGAUCCUUUAACAUCGUUUUUCGAUUACGAAAAUAACACUGGAUUUUUUAAUGUUAAUAAUGUUGAUCAUAUCUCAAGGCAAAAUGAGUGUUUAUCAUCUGAUGUUGGAAUUUAUUCAGUGGAUACUGAAGUGUUGUCAACUUCGGCUAAUAUGAAUAAUGGCUUUCAUUCACAGCAUGUUCCAGACACUUUUCUUCCGUCUAAUAAUGUUAUGAUGACUGAUACAAAUGAUUUCUCCGGAUUUCAAAAAAUGCUUUUUAUAAAUAAUUCUAAUAUGAAACAAAAUAUGUGUUUUAAUUGUGGUGUAGACGAAACACCAUUGUGGCGGCGUACACCUGAUAAGAAAUAUUUAUUAUGCAAUGCCUGUGGACUUUAUUUGAAGCAUUAUAAGUAUAUGAGGCCUUUCGGGUCUCGUCAUAAGAAGCUACCUAAUUCUCAAUUAAGAUCAUCUGCAAAAAUGGUUUGUGUAAAUUGUCAAGUUACUCAGACAUCUUUAUGGCGUAAAAAUGAGUUUGGUAAACCUGUGUGUAAUGCAUGUGGUCUUUAUGAAAAAUUGCAUCAUACACAGCGGCCUGUUACCAUGCGUAAAGAACAAGUAGUUCGUCGUAGACGUUACAAGAAUUUUGUAGAAGAUUCUCAUAACGCUAAAGGUGAUGAUAGUGUUAAUGUAUCUGAUAAUAAAGUUUAGUGCAUGUAUGUUUAGUUUUUUGUUUUAGAGUUGUUUUUUGUUAAUAUUUGUUAAUAUUUA